AUGGCGAAAAAUCACCUCUUCCGCCUCCUCAUCGCCGCCGCGCUCCUCCUCAGCACCGCCGAUGCCGGCACCGAAUUCAGCUGGAUUCCGGCGAGAACUCCGUCGACCUGCCAGGGAUCGAUAGCGGAGUGCAUGGCGGAAGGCGGCGGCGAGUUCGAGAUGGAUUCGGAGUCCAACCGGCGCAUAUUAGCCACCACCAAGUACAUCAGCUACGGUGCGCUGCAGGCGAACAACGUGCCGUGCUCUCGCCGCGGUGCUUCCUACUACAACUGCCGGCCUGGCGCCGAGGCCAACCCCUACACUCGAUCGUGCUCCGCCGCCACACAGUGCCGGAGUUAG